GAGUAUCAACACAAGGUUGAAGAAAAUCACAGAUUAAAGUCUGGCCUUUGGUUUGGUUACACGUGUUAGUCAAAAUAGUUUUUUGCAAUGUCUUUCUAUUUGUGUCAAUGUUAUCCAAAUUGGUUUUUUUAUUUGUUCUUUUGUACUAUGAUAUUUUGAGUUUUGCAGAGCAAGAUUCUAUAGUAUGGGUGAGAUUACAAGGCAGAUCAUAUGGUUUUUGGUGAUUAUUUUACUAUCCUUUGGCCAUGGAGUCAAAGGCAGGAGAACAAGCCCUGGCAAUAAAAAUGCAGUUAAAACCAUCCAUAGUGAAGGAGAUAUAAUUGAUUGUGUUGAUAUUUAUAAGCAACCUGCCUUUGAUCAUCCUCUCCUCAAGAAUCAUACUAUUCAGAUGAGACCUAGCUGGUAUCCGAAUGAGGCAUCAACUGAGCCUAAGAUUUCAAGCAAGGAAAGGGUCGUGAGCUCUCAAGUAUGGAAUAAAUUCGAAAAGUGCCCAGCAGGAACAAUUCCAAUAUACAGAACUCAAAACAAUGACAAUGUCGUCCCUGAAUUUGUUAGGGCUUUUGGGGAGAAAAGCACGGAAGGAAUUCCUUUUCCUAAGAAAGACAAGUAUGGAGAUCAAAAUGCUGAGUAUGCUGGAAUGUACGUGAAAGAUAAAUAUUUUUAUGGAGCAUCACAACGUUGCAGCGUUUGGACUCCUCAACUUGAAUCUCCUAGUGAGUACAGUGCGGCAGCAACUUGGCUCGUCAAUAACGAAGGAAGUGAGACAGAUGUGAUUGGAGCAGGAUGGAUGGUGAAACCAUCUCUCUUUGGGAACAACGACACCCGUCUCUUUGUAUCUUGGAAUAAAGUAGCAGGUUCUCAGACCACUGGGUGCUACAACCUUUUCUGUCCAGGUUUUAUUCAGACAACCACAAAGGUUGCCUUGGGGGACUUUCUCAUUCAGGGGCUUGACACUUACUACGACAUAGUCAAGGACCCGAACACUGGGCACUGGUGGUUUACAUUUGAGGACAUUCCUAUAGGCUACUGGCCUGCAUCCAUGUUCACAAACUUACAGGUAGCCCUAAGGGUGGUGUGGGCCGGGCAAGUUCUGAACACGAAACCUGGUAGACAUCACACUGCUACACAGAUGGGGAAUGGCAUUUUCCCUGGUGAAAAACAGAAGGCUGCUUCCUUCUAUAAUUUGAAAGUUCGAGACGGUGGUGGCAAGUGGGAUCCUAUCACUGACCUCAACAAUUUCAAAGACAGCAGAUAUUGCUAUGAUUCUCAGAUAAUGUCUCUUUUUAUUGAUGGAGAUGUAAUUGAUUGUGUUGUUAUUUAUAAGCAACCGGCCUUUGAUCAUCUUCUCCUCAAGAAUCAUACUAUUCAGGUGAAACCAUCUCUCUUUGGGGACAACCAGACCCUCCUCUUUGUAGCUUGGGAUAAAGUAGCAGGUUCUCAGACCACUGGGUGCUACAACCUUCUCUGUCCAGGUUUUAUUCAAACGAACUCAAAAGUAGUCUUGGGGGGCGUUCUCACACCUGUUUCAGUUAUAAGUGGAAAGGUGUAUUACAUUCACUACAACAUUUCCAAGUGGUUAUGGAGAAAAGGGAAGAACUCAAUUAUGAAAUUGACAGAUGGCUUUCUAUACAAAGCCAAAUUCAGAGAGGCCGCUAUUCGAGUUAUUGAAACUCCACUCCCUGAAGCUGCGAAGGUGAAACCAUCUCUCUUUGGAGACAACCAGACCCGCCUCUUUGUAGCUUGGGAUAAAGUAGCAGGUUCUCAGACCACUGGGUGCUACAACCUUCUCUGUCCAGGUUUUAUUCAAACGAACUCAAAAGUAGUCUUGGGGGGCGUUCUCACACCUGUUUCAGUUAUAGGUGGAAAGGUGUAUUACAUUCACUACAACAUUUUCAAGUGGUUAUGGAGAAAAGGGAAGAACUCAAUUAUGAAAUUGACAGAUGGCUUUCUAUACAAAGCCAAGUAUUCUGUAAUAUCCACCAUCCAACCUCUUUUUGGCACGAUAAUGAAUCGUAGUUCUGUCAAAUAUUUGAGAAUUACACUGUAUCUCCAAUGCCCAUCAAUAACAAUCAGUAGUGGAUGUCCCAUGGUGUCUGCCAUAGCAUUUAAAGCCUAUGUAUUAUGA